CCGAUUAGCAAAAGACGGGUUGUUAUCCUAUUACGUUUUGUAGUCAAGUUAAUUUAUCAAAAUGUCUUUUGGUACCGGUUUUGGCUCCUCUACGCAAACACCCGGUUCCACGUUUAAUUUUGGAACACCUAGCUCAACAGCGGUAACACCAGUUAAGCCGCCUACAUUUGGAACUCCAUCCUUUGGAUUUAGCACACCUGCAACUUCGGCGCCAACCUUAGGUGUAUUUGGUACUCCGGCGACUCAGGCGACCGGUUUUGGUAGCAGUUUCGGAACCCCAGCUGGAACUGGCUUUCCUGCUACAUCGACAACGAAUACUUUCGGUUCCUCUGGGACAGGCUUUGGCUUUGGAUCAGGUGCAACAUUUGGAAGUACGCCUGCAACUUCGACUGGAUUUGGGUCUCUUGGAUCUACUGCUCCAACGAGUUCAACUGGAUUUGGUGGAUGUCCCGGUUUUUUAACCACAACAACACCAAGUCUAUUCGGAGGAACAAGUUUCAGUGGUGGCACAGGAUUCGGUAGUUUCAUGGUUAAGCCUACAACUACAACAACUUCUGCUGGUUUUGGAGGAUUUGGAUUGGGAUCUGGGUUCACAGGAUUUGGCUCUAGCUUGACACAGCCUCAGCAACAGCAACAGCAACAGCAGCAGCAACAGCAACAGCAACAGCAACAGCAACAGCAACAGCAACAGCAACAGCAACAACAGCAAUCAGCUAAUGCAAUAUCAGAAGCUUUGUACAAUGCUGUCUUUAAUUGCCAACUCUUUAACGAUGAACGUGACAAUACCAUGGCAAAAUGGAACCUGAUUCAAGCACUUUGGGGAACGGGAAAGGCUUACUAUUCUGCAUCGGCACCUCCAGUGGAGAUGACGCAAGAAAAUCCACUGUGUAGAUUCAGGGCUAUCGGAUACAGUCGUAUGCCCGAUGCAGAUAACAACGAUGGCCUCGUAGUUCUUUGUUUUAACAAGAAAGAACAAGAAAUUAAAGAUGGCAAGCAACAGUUGGUGACGUCUAUAAGCACUAUUUUGGGUAACAAACCUAACCUCACUGUAUCGGUGGAGUGUGUUAAAUCAACCAGUGACACCAAGAGUCAAGCUACAAUUGUGGUAUUGGAGAAAGGUGUGACAGGGUCCUCUAGAAAGAUCCCAGCAAACGAGCUAGUGGCUUACCUGUCGCAAACCAUGCCAAAGUCGCAACUCAUACAAAUCGGCGUAGAAAAUAUCUUUCCCCAGAUGAAGCUCGAUCCUUCUCAAUUGAGAGAGUACCUGGACAAUCCUCCAUGCUCCAUCGAUCCGAGAUUGUGGAAACAGGCACAAUUAGAUAAUCCCAAUCCACAAAUGUACAUUCCCGUGCCGAUGAUUGGAUUUCAACAAGUCAAGUAUAGACUGAAAUGCCAGGAGGAAGAAACGUCUAAACACAGGGCAUUUCUUGACAUGGCAGCUGAAAGAAUACAAAAUUUGCAAAGGCAACACACUGCUACACAGGCGAGACUAAAGGAACAUCGGAGGACACUUUUAGAAUUGCAGCAUCGGGUCGUACAGGUGCUGGUACGUCAAGAAAUUACUCGUAAGGUAGGACUGUCCUUGCAACCCGAGGAAGAAGUCCUAACGAAUAGAUUGGAAGCAAUGCACUCACAAAUCAGUGCGCCGACACAAUUCAAGGGAAGAAUAAGCGAAAUGCUCUCUCAACUGAGAAUGAGGAGACACGUGGAUUCCCAAAGCCAUGAGAGAUACACGAUGGAUCCAAUUGCACAGGAUGACAUAAAAACCUAUUUAAGCAUGGAGCAGCAAGGCAUGGCGCAACUGAUUGACACGAUAAACGCCGAUCUGGAGAGUUUGAAGAUCAUCAAGGACGGCAUGUCGGACCUUCUAACGGGGCACAGGAUAUCUUGAAGUCCGACAAAACGUCGGAUGCGUUUAUUAACAUUGUGUGUCUCGUGCGGACGAUGAUAACUGGGUUGAGGGACUUGAGUGCAGGUUUGUCGGCGAGACUCGUGUAAAGUGCCAUAAACGAAGGAUUACUUGAAGAGCGAUCGCGCGACAAGCACUGUUAUCGUUACCGUGUGUUUUCGUUUGUCAUGUUUUAUAUGAACGAGUACCAUAUAGGAAUAAUCAGUAACUUUUUUCUUAUAGGCGUAAAAUUAACUUUGUUAAGUAAUUAGUUACUUUCUACUAAAUUAUGUAAUCAGGAUGGAUCUUGCGUUGAGGAAUUUGACCGACACGCGGAAGAAGAUUCGAAACUCCCUUGAAAGUAAAGAAAUCAUUUUUAAAAUUAAGAGAUCUCGUGAAAAUCCGAAAGCAGAUGAUCCAUCUGUCCUAAAUUCAACAUCGAGGUCUGUGUAGCAGGACGUUCUCGUCACGAUUACGAGUAUCUUAUCAAACGAGCUCAAAUUGGCGCUAUCGUGAGAUUUAGGCCCACUCGACAGAUUACAAAAUCAUCGACUGGUCGUGAUAAUGCCUCUCUCGAAAGCAGACUCGAAUCUCGCGCAUCUUACAAUACUUAAAAAAAAAAAAAGCAGUCAAACAAUCCACCUCAUGUACCCUACAUUUUUCUUUUAUUUUUAUAAAAGUAUAAAAAGAAGCAACGAUCUUUUCCUUAAAUCCUACAUAAGUCUUCCGUUCAAUGACAGAAAUCCUGAGGGAUGAACGCGACACCGAUAGGUUGAAAAACACUUUCCAUGUACUCUGCAUCUCUGCGCAAGUAGCUGGCUGCGUGAAAUCUGAAAAUGAAGGGACUUAAAGACCACUUGUAUAAAUAAUGUACUUUAUUAAGGUAGCUCGCGCCGUUAUACAGUUCUCUGUUAAAGAAUAAGGCACUUCUGUUCAUUUCCCUGUUUCACGUCGGAUACUCAAAUAUAUAAUAUAUUUCCAUAUGUA